CAAAACACUGACCAUUCUGUUUGACAUGUGACCAUGGUGUAAUAUGACCAGCUUGAGGUAUUAGGCUGAGAUGUUUAAGACCGAGCCCAGCUCGCUGCAUGUCAAGCCUCUGACAGUUUGCCAAUACCUGGUGGCAGCUGAAGAGAAAGUGUGGGGCUAUGGCAUGGUGGAGACGGAAAACAGUUAUUCCCAGGAAUCACAAACCAGUGAUGUCGGCAACCAAAUACUCAGGCAUGGGACAGCUGGAAGGAAAAUUCACGACUACUUCAGUAACCUAGAAGCCAGAAAAUGUUGUCUGAAGUUGAGACUGGAAGCAAGGAAGACCACCUUCACUAACAUACGACUGGUAAGACACGAUGGCAGAGAUUCAGGUAUAGAGGAAGGUGCUAUGAUGAAGACACCUGUUGAAUAUCGCGCCAAUGUUUCCCAGCUGGAUUCAAGUAAUUUCCGUGUGUUCAAGAGAGCGUAUAUGUGUGCAGCCUUCCCUGUCCUGGGUGCUCCUGACCCACCUUCAGCUUUUACCCCCUCUCCUGUCCAGACGCCCACCACUCAGCGCUUCAACUACAGUGGCAUCCUGAGCAUCAGCCGACCCAUGACCCCGCACUCCAUUCCUGACAGCGGAUUGGAGGAGUUCGAAGAAGACACAACAUCGCUGAUCCCGUCUGAGACGUUAUGCGAGCUACUGAAGCGUGCGUUCAGAUUAUCAGAUGAGAAAUUCACACACUACGAGCGGUCCAUCAGUGAAAGUUAUGGGAAGCUGACACAGCAAAAGGUGUUGGCUGAAGAGUUAGUCAACCAGCUUGCAGCUCUGGAGAACAACAGUAAUCCAUUCUAUAAUCCUCACAGUUUCAAGGAUGAAGACUGGGAGUCACGUAUGGAGUCCAUUCGUAAAGGUUAUGACCUCUGGCAGCACCAGGAACGUGCACAUCUGACGCAGCUGAUAAACAAGUUUUGGCACUUUUCGCUCCCCUCCCCUGGGGCAAACUUCAAUGCGGAGCUCUUCGGGGUUCAUGAAGACUACAGGAAACUUCUAGCAAAACUGAUCAGGUACGAGAACCCUUACAAGUCUGAGCGUGAGGAGUUAGGACCUACACCGGCCAGUUCACUGUCGUCAGCAUCUGUCAGAUUGCUCAGGGAGUUCGGCUUAAGAUAUGGUGUGGGGGAACAGUACAGGAAGUUUAUCUAUCUUCAUUACCUGGCUCAGCAUUUUGAUGCCACAGUCUGGUACAUACAACACGUCACCAUGACACUCAAAAACAUCAUGGACUGGUUGCCUAGCAACAGAAAUCAUCUCUCUAUUACACAACAAGAGUUUGGAAUCAUCGAAUCAAGCCUUCAUCUGUUACUGGGUCAGGCUGGUAAUGCCAUUUCUAAAAUGAAGAGACUAUUUCCACAUAACAGACCUACAGAUGGUGUUGCCAGCCUGAUUGACCUUCUGGGUAUGAGUUUAUCUCUGAAGAGUUAUCUGUCCAUGAAACCCACUAAACCCCUGCAGGAGUGCCUGAGGAAGUAUGUGCAGGAGUCUCUGGUGACAGCGUACGAGAGACACAAACUGUUAGCUAUGGCGGAGCUCCAGCAGAGCAGCAGAUUCAUCCAGCUCUGCCCCAAGUUGCUGAAUAUUCUGAUUGUGAACAUAAGGGACGAAGUCAGCGACUACCGAACAAACUACCAGUCAACGUUUGAAAGAUAUUUCAACAUCACAGAGUCUGCUGCUCAGGCAUUCUACAGUUUUUUGAUGGAGGAUGUUCUUCAUCUGUGUCGGUCUGUGAUGGAGAGCAUGAUAACACCAGAGAUUGAUCUACUGAUGCUGAGUUUGGGGUACCGACUGAACAGUUUAGAUCAUGACUGGGCUCGCUACAUUCCGCCAGAAUCGCAAAGAUGGAGAGAGUCUUUUGUGACUCUCGCUGUUCAGUGGACAAUUGCCUUGCAGAGUCAUGUCCCUUUGUUGGUGCUUGAGGGAGUAGGCGGAGAUAAGUUCAAGUCCCUCUGUUUGCCAGAUUGCUUGCAAUCUCCAACCAACUCUAAUUCCUGUCAGAGAGGACGCUCUACAUCCUUGAGGUCACUUAGUGCAUCAGUGCGAUCUGCUUUCAGUAGCGUAUCCUCAACUCGCUCAACUCCUGUGCAGGUGGGGAAGGAGUCCCAAAAUAUCCCACAUUGUGACGGUCCUGGACGUUUUGUGAACAAACAGCCUCCUAUCAUGGAGACAAGCUGUGAGACUGGAGCCCCAGGCCAAGUAGAGGGAGAUGUCAGCAAGAGGCUUCCACACUCUCUGGGAUUGCCGACCAAUUGGGAGGCAGGGAAACCAUCGCCAAGGAGGCCGUCCACUCACUCAGUGGAUGCCACCAUUUUCAGGCACAACCUUUUUAUUUGUGAGUCACAGGAUCUGGAUGACGAAGUGGUGUCAUUCACUCGACGGAAUUUGCGCCCCAGCAACUCGAUGCCAAAUUUAAUAGCCAAUCAUACAAGCUUCAUGAACUUAUUGCAGCCUUCUACAGAGGAUCCCAAACUGAGUUCACAAAAUUUUAGAUAUAACACGAAUAUUAGCAACCAGAAUAGUGCUGUUGAAAUGGGGAAUGUGCAUCUUGUUCCAUCUAUCAAAGUUGUUGGUAGCACUCCAGUAGAGGAGAGAAAUUUUCCAAUUUUGGAAAGAGACAAUCAGGAAAGUUUCACAAGCGAUGAAGAGGAAUUGGCAGCUGCAUAUCCAUCUGUUGUUGUUGUGAAGAGUCAUUCAGCAGGGUUGGGAUUUCAGUCUGUUACAGACAAACAUAUACCCCACAUCGAGGCUGAGAUUGGGGAACGUGUCGACGUGACUGCUCCCUACAUCAAGCCAGGGACAUCACAAUCAAAAGGGUUGAUUCGGGUUCCUUCAGCACCAGUCAUGUCACCGUUGCCUGUGUCAUUGAUGGAUCAGUCACAUGUCACAAGACAGCAUUCAGACGAAGUUGAUGUGCACUCUCCAUUUCUGGAAAGACAGAAAAGGGACAGCGAAAGUCAUGAAUUCAUCGACUCUCUUAAAUCAGAUUUCACAUCCAUUUCCAUGCCAACCCAGCGUUCUGUAGAGUUCCAAAUGGUGAUAGCUCCGAUCUCUUCUUCCCUUGUUGACCUGCUGGUUAUACUGCAGAGGGUGGUGGGAGUGGCACGAACUUUUUGUGACACUAUCUGUCCAGUUACCAAUGAGACAGGCCUACAUCGUCAUGGUUACUGGGAUAGCAUGUCAUCCAGCAGUGAGGAUCUGGAAGACAUGGCGUACUGUCAGGACAAUGCCAGUGCUCGUUGUCAACUUUUUCUGAUUUUUACAAAGAUGGUCUGUGAUAGCGUGGGAAUGUUCACAGAUAACAUGCUGUGUAUGGAUCUUUGUGGUUUAAAUCUGUCUGUGGCUAAACGUCUAGUCGGGCCCAAGCUUGUGGAGUGUGUACAGGUUCAAAGAAACGGAGGACUGCUCUGGGGGUGUCGUCACGAUGUGCCCGGGGCAGCUCAUGACUGUUUCUAUUUUGUGGGUCGUAAAGCAUUCCUUCUCUGUGAUAGACAUGAACCUAUUUCAGAAGAGAUGUGUACUCGAAUAAACAAUGUGGUAGCUUCACUAGAGUUCUUGAAAAAAUAUUUCGAGAAUGUGUGUACAAUAUUUGGUAUCCAUGACAACAAUGAUGUCAGCAAUUUUCUGAGUGACACAAAUACAGAAGAAACAGGCUAUGAAAGCUGUCUUGUUGGUGAUCUGUCUUCAGAUUUUGUGGUCAUAGACAGCUACUAUGACCUGGAGUAUGACCAACUCCCCUACUUGGAAGCCUCCUCCCUGUUCAGCACACCACGAGCCACCCCUGUCCAGGGCAUGAAGGUACCCAUCUUCCCAGUAGUCCACUGCUGGAGGCACAUCAUGUCAGGGCUGAGUGGAAUGUGCAGGAUGUUGGCAUACAGGCUGAACCUGUUUGUACGUGACGCCCUGGCCCUGCUCCUCUCCCCAGACAUGCCCCUCCAUCAGCUGUCUGAGCGUCUGAAGCCCAUCCUGGACUUUCUGUCUGACAACCUCUCUGCUCUCUCCAACUGGCUCUACAGAGACCCCUUCACACGCGUCCUCCAUUAUGUCUGGCUCUACAUUGUCCAAGACUUUGAAGAAGAGGUAUCCAAGCUGAAAACUGGUAAUUUUAACACAGAGAAACAAGCGGAGCUGUUGACACAUGCUAUGUCUUAUUUAAUACGUUUUAUGAACAACAUGGGAAAAGGUGUGCAUCUGGACCAGUUACUGGCCUACUCUGAGGACGUGUCAUUCAAGCUCCAGCUGUACACCCUGACUACAGCCCUGGUGUGUUUACUGUAUGAGAACCUAGUACAUUAUGUGAGUGUGAGAAUCUGGAACACUAUCUUUGGCCUACAUCUUCUUUUUUCUUUGGUUCAACUUUUUCAGUAUUCCAUCUUCAGUGAGUGCAGCUCUAACAAUGACGACAUUCCCCAUGGGAUGCUGAGACAAAUGAAGCUGGAGCUUCAGUCCCGGCGGAAAUGUUUCUCAGGGAGGCAGCUAGUCAGCUGGCUAUUGAGGAACCAGGAGAAGAGCUUUCUCACUGGUCAUGGUGAGUUUGGGAACACUGGAGACCCAGAGACAGGCCACCCCAUGGUAUCCCGGGACCUGGCUCGUCAGGUGGCUCAGAAGCUCUUUAAGCAGGGAAUCAUUGUGGAUGUGGAGCAGGACUCUUCUGUCAGUGGUCGGACACACACCUCGAGUAUGAUGUCUGAUGAAACCCCUUACCCUGAUAUCAGCAUACACAGUGACCUGCAGGAUCUUUCUUUAGGUCGUGAUACUCACUCACAGAGAACAAGAAACUCGGAUUCCAUGUCCACUAGAAGUCGUUCCUCUUCUACAACAACAAUACAAGACACUUAUUCUGUUGCCGAAGUGUCCAGUAUCUCUGAUGAGUUCAGAAACAAAGAGCUGUUUCAACCAGAAAUGGCUGGCAAUGGUAGCAGGGAGAGCGGUGAGACCCCUGGUGGCAGAGAUGUCAAGGAAGAUAACUGUUUUCCUAGUCAGGACAAGAAUAAAUGUGAGCAUGAUACAAGACUAAAUCACUGUGAUAACUGUAAAGAAAAGGAUAUGGACAAAGAAACUAAAGACAAUUUGCCGAAGAGUACUCAGCUGUGUGCAGACAAUGUGAUAGUAGAUGUAGAUGGUACUGGUCAUGCUGAAGAAACAAAGACGAGUGACAACAUUCAAACAAGUGGUACCACAACUAAUUCAGAAAUAGGUCAUUUGGACGAUCAAGCCAGAAGUAUCAAGGAUGUGGGUGGUUCUAAUACGAAAGAGGUUACAGACAAGAUUUCAGGAGGUGAACAGUGUCAAAGUCAUCCUGAGCAGCCAAAAACUGCGACCAACAGAACCCCACAAUCUUCCAUUUCCCAGGACACAGGAUCCUGGGCAACUUCACACAGCUCCUGUGCAGUUUUUCAGGAUACUCCAAAGAAAUUUUACAUGUUUAACCCAGAAGGUGAAGAUUUUAAAAAUCUUGGGUAUGGCCCUAAUGACAUGACCACUGGGACUCAGGGUGUAUCCAGGGUGCGGCGAGAGCUCCUUGGAAUGGUGGAGACCUGUUUUCACAAGAAAAUAACCCCCGACUAUAUACUCCUUAUUCUCUUUGCUCGCAGAAAAUACGACCCAACAGCCAAAACGUUCUUCAAGAAUGUUCCCGAGGACACUUUAAAUCGCCUGUUAAGUCAGGUCGAUGCCCAUUGUUGCCCAUGCACAAGCAGCUAGUAUGUGUACAUUGUUUUUCACAAAUAAGUUUUGUGUGUGUGGAAAUAUAUUUUAAAGGGAAACACUGGUGAUAAAUGUUCUGCUAAGUUCUUGUCAAGCUGAUGUAUUUUAAGAUUGCAUGAUUAUCAAGUUGGAUGAAAUCAUGUACCCUACCCAUACAUUUUGCUGAUAUUUCUUGCUACUGUCUUAAUUUACAGACUUCUGCAAUGAAAGAUAUUUUUCAAAAUUUUACAAGCUUGUAUAUUCUGUAUGAUAGCCUAAUGUAGAGCCAAGACAAUAAUGAUGUGCAAUAUGUUUAAUACAGGGUUGUAAAAACUGCUAAGUUAAUUCAAAAGUAAUUAUGAACGUAUAUUGGUUUUAGAAAAUGAGUAGACUCUAUAUGGAAGUGCAUGGUAACUAACCUGUUUGUUUGACAUGGAAAUCGUCAGAUCUUGAGAAUGAAAGCCGGUGAUAGCAGGGAUGCGUCUAUUUUGUGCCUGGAGGUGGGUGUGGGUUUGUUUGUGCUCUGUUACAUGGUUCUAUUAGUAGUUACUUUUCUGUUCAAUCAUAUGUUCGACACUGGAUAAAAGUGCUAGGAUCCAAAUUGGGCAGUAUUAUUAUUACUGCGUGAAAUUGAUACUUGCAUACCAAGUAUUGCAACAGAAACUUUAAGCUGUGUGAAAAAUUUUUCAUUUGAAUUAAUUUUUCUUUAAAGUGAAAGAAAGUAAAAUAUGAUGAAUGCAAGAGGAGAAAGAUCACUGAAAACCGUAUCUGAACAUGGUAAGAUUUUAGUCUUUGUUCAUAGAGUUGAAUGCCAGUGAUGUAACACCAACCUCUAGCCUAAUUCUUCAACUUUUUUGACAGCCUCUGCAACCUAUAUUUCGAAACAUGCUGAAAGAACUACGAAGUGUAGAGAACUAAUUUGCGCAGUUUUAUUAAGUUUACAUCUUUAAUGACAAAAAUAAAUCAGUUCAGCAUUAUUUUAAUAAUAAUUGUGUGUGCAAAUUUCACUGAUAAAAGGGCAUUGGAGGUCGAAAAAUUUGAAGAUUUACAGUACUUGUGU